AGUUGACAGCAUUUGUCAACUCUAACCUUAAAACGUAUUUUUUAAAUUGAAAAUGCUUACAUUUACUCAAAUUACAGCGGUGUGAGAGAUUGGAUGUAGAUAUUAAACAUUCAGAUACAAAACAUGGUAGUUAAAAAACCUUGGAGAAAGAUUUUGUACGAGAAUCAACCCUAUCCCGACAACUACACCGAUGACAGUUUUUUACGGGACCUCAGGACCAAUAUUAAGCCCGUCUCAAUGAGCGAAGCUUUAUGGGGAGCCACCUUAUUACUUGAAGAAUUUUGUACAGUUGUUGCAUUUGUUCUAGUUUAUGUAUAUUUAUACAACGAAUGGACUCAACCUGAAUCAAUUUUCACAGUUUCAUCAAUUUUUACAGCACUUGGAUUUAUUUUGUAUCGAUUUGUUUACACGAAAGAUGCACAAGUUAAUUUAGGACAUGAUCUCAGAACGUUGUUAAUUUUUAUGGUUUUUGGUCAUUUAUUUUCACCAGUAUUGCAUACAUUAACAGACACAGUAAGCACUGAUACAAUCUAUACCAUGACGUUUUUUAUGAUGGUCAUUCAUUUGAUUUUUUUUGAUUAUGGGGUUAGUGCUGCUAUUGUUUCUAAUAGUUUGUCACUAAGUGCUGCAAUUUUUGCAUCAAUUUGUUUAGCUUCAAGACUUUCUUCAGCAUAUCAUUCUUUUAUUUUGAUUACAGUUGCGGUUGAACUGUUUGUCCUGUUCCCUUUCUUUAGGAACAAAAUUAAAAAGUCUUUAUACGUAAUAGGACCGUUAUUUCUCUGUGAUGUUUACUUUUUGAUGAGUAGUUCAGUUUUGUUUAUGAUUGUUUUUAUUCUAACAGGAGUUUUUAUCAAUAUCGGUUGUCCUGUUUUAUUUGUAAGAUAUCAGAAGUACAAGUCCAAUAUUUAUGGCCCUUGGGAUGAAGCCAUUGUUGAUGAUGCUGAUGUUAUUAACAGUGAACAUAAUAAAUGAUUUUAUGAUUA